UUCUGCGAGAGCGGCGCCGCGUUCGGGCGCGUUUCUGCGCAAUUGAGAUCCGGCCCGGCGGCCACCCGUCCAGGUGUACACAGCAUCCCUCGCGAGGGCAGCAGUGGCACACGGUGAACUGCGUGCGUUCGUGUCGCGCGCCGUUCGUCCCGUGCGUGUCCGCGCGCCGAGCCAGUGAGAUCGCGUAGCCGGCGGCCGCCUCGGCCAUGGUGACGCCGACGCCGGCGUCGAAGCUAUCCAGGCCCUCAGCGCCGACAUCACGUGCGCGUUCAUAGGAUUAUUCGUCUCUCUCUGAGCCCAGCAUCGCCAUGGUCGAACAGCCUGCGGGCUAUCGCGGCGAGCGCGACGGCUUCCUUCGGGAUCUCCGGCACUUCCACGAGACCAGAAGGACGCCGUUUCGUCAUCUGCCCAAGUUGAAUGGACGCGAAGUGGACCUCUACAUGCUGUACACCCUUUGCACCGAGCAGGGCGGAUGGAUAAAGGUGAAUUCGAGAAAUUCCUGGCCUGAGUUUUUCGAGCCAUUGGAGAUACCCGACAACUGCGUCAACGCCAGCAUAGCAUUGAAACAAAUUUACCUAAGGUUCCUCGCACGAUGGGAGAAGGUGCACUUUCUCGGCGAGGAGGGUGACCGUGUCAGCGACGACGAUGAGGAGUCGCGACACAAACGGGGAUCUUCGAAACUUCUACACGCAGUGCCAUCGCAUUACAAUUAUCAUCAGCACAAUAUUGCAGAAUCGGCGAGAGAAUACAACAACUUGUCGACAAAUCUGUACAAACCAUCGGACUACGACCGCCUCGGCUUGUCGUUGCUCUCGCCACUGCCCAACGAGCAGGAUUUUGCAAUCAAUGUGUGCACGCUACUCUCGAACGACGGCAAACACACGCUGAAGCUGGAAAAACACCCAAUCCUAUUGGAUUACCUCCUCGCUCAUGCAGGGGUAUUCAAUCAUAGCUCUCUACGAAAUGUCCUCGCGGAUAGUUACGGUAACAUCCGCAAGCAGAAUAUCGGUGGCUUCUGGCGGGACACGUUGGAUACCGAGGAGUUCCUGGAUCUCACCAACGAGAAUCUAUACCUGCGCGAAGCUACACGCCGCCGCCAUAAGGAUAUUGUGCCCAUCGUAGACCUCACGCGCUUUCAGGACUUUGCUGUUGGCGAUGUCGAUCUGGAUCUCGAAUUGGAGUUUCCGGGUGCACUGCGUGAUAUAAUCGAUGCGGACCUCUUCGACGAGCAAGGCCCGCAUGCAUCAUCUACCACGACGACAAGAACGGACGUUAACGGUAGUGGGGGUGGUGUGUGUGGCGCGAAUGAGUGUACGAACAACGGUGGUGCGAACAGUGCGCCGAAAGGCAAACGCGUUAAGUUAAAACUGAGCACGGACUCGACCGAUCGUGAAUUGUUUAACCUCGGCCGCAAUCUCGGUACACGUGACUACAUGGGCCAGCGUGUGCUGCAGGUGGCGACCAUCCUGCGCAACCUGAGCUUCUUCGACGAGAACGUGCCGGUGCUGGUGCGUAAUACAACUUUUGUUCGGUUUACAUUGCUGUGCGCGUGCUCCAAGUGGAAUCAGUUGAUGAAUCUUGGAUUGGAGAUGCUCGGUAAUCUCGCCGCUGAGUUUCUCGUGCGCGAUGUUGAUCAGAAUCGCAUUGCUGGCGUGCUCAUGAAGGUUGUAACACGUGGCCUUCAGACGGACGAUCGUAACUGGUGCAUUACGGCACUAGAGGUGCUGAAUAAACUCUCACAAAACGAGGCGAACGAAGACGCGCUUCUUCGAUGUCUCGAGGCGAGCGUAUACGAGCGCGUGUGCUCUUUCCUAACGAUACACGACGUAAUGCUGCUGAUCUACACGUUGGAGUGUCUAUACUCGCUGUCUUCAUUAGGCGAGCGAGCUUGUAACUAUAUUGUGAAUAUUUAUGGAGCUGUGGAUACACUAGUAUCACUGGUAACAGUCGAAGGGAAGAGUUACGGACCAAAAGCGUGUAUCGGCAUGAAGCUGGUGGAAACCGUGACGGGGGUGCAGAAUGUGCAGCCACAGGCGGCGGGAAGUGCGGCUCCAUCUGUAACUACCCCGUCUGCUCCAACAGUGAGCGUCGCGGCGACGAUUGUUUCCCCGAGUGCGCCAGCUGCAGUUCCGGUUCAUAAUGCAAGCACAACUUUGACUCCUACAAAGUUGUCUGCGCCUUCAACCCCACAAAGACAGGUGUCGAUUGCACCACAAAGAUUGAUUAGUGCUUCACCUGCAGUUGCCACAACUCUGACGACGACAUCACAAGCAAGCACGCCUGUUCCUUUACAGCAAAAACUCGCCCAUCAACAGACGUUCCAGGAAAACGAACAGUUUGCUCUGACGUGGUUGAGGGCGACGUACGAACUAAGCGCGGCAGGGAAAGUUGAUCAUCAGGAAUUGUAUAAACAUUAUAUCAACUCGUGCGCGAAGAUUGGUCGUCGUGGAGUGAUUGCACCGCUUCAUUUUCCUCGAUGCGUGCGGUCCGUGUUUGGCGGGACGAUCGGUCCCAAUCCAGAGAAGCCGGUCAACAACGAGACACAGUACUAUGAGGGCAUAAAGGUGCGCGCACAAGCUCUGGUGAUAAAUGUUCAGUCGUCAACUACCCAAGUAACAAACCUCGCGGCGAUGUCGCCGACGACCGCUUCAAAGGUGGUCGUCGCGCGUCGCAAGCCCCCCUCCUCUUCGCUCCCCGACACCGAUGCGCUCCUCCCGCAGCCGACGGCUUCACCUGCGUCUAUCCUGAAAGCACAACUGAGUGCGCCUCCCAAACCACGCGAAUGCGCUGCGGUCUCGGCCAAAGCGGACAUCGCGAAGAGUCAGGUGAUGGCGCAUCCACAUCUGAGCCAAGCGCUUCUGGGCAGCGGCUGCGCGAAUUCGACCGCUUCGGGAGGAAGCGCUGCGUCGGCGGUUGGCGCUAAAGAAGGUCAGAGCAGCACCUCGCUCAUCAAGAGUUUGUUGGCGACUAAGGUAAACGAUUGCAUGACUGCACCAGUCGUGAGCAUGAGGACAGACUGCCAAUCCGUAGCUCAGGUGGCUGCAAGACAACAGCAGCAACGUUUGCUUGCUGCGCAACAAAAUCAACAGCAGCAACAGCAAUUGGAAGCGAAAACAAUGCUGAAAGUCGAUGGUAUGAAAAAUGUGCGCCUUAAUGGCGCGAGACAAUUGUUCCUCGACAGUGAUGUUGCUGAUCCGGUGGUGUCGUCCACCACACAGAGUUUAAACACGAAAACACGGCGAGAACCGCCGCAGCCUCCACCUCCACUUGCACCGUUGAGCAAUAAUAAGAGCAAGGUGAAAAUUGACAACGAGGAUAGCGACUCGACAGGCAAUAAUUCGGUGGCGUCUAGCAUAGGCGUCGGGAAUGUUGGUGUUGGUGGUGUGUCUUCAACGGAAGACGGCGACGGCGAUAAUUCGAAUAGUUUUGAAGGCCUACUUAAUGGCGCACCUACACUUACACUAGCAACGAUGAAUGAGGACACAAAUGAUAGCAAUUCCAAAGACUCCACCAAGAACUCUGUCAUCAAAAAGCCACUUAUGUUAGCGGAUCUGCUGGAGAAGAAGGUGGAUAAAGACCCGCCGAUUCUCAACGGCGUGAUGGGUAAAGAGCUACGCAUAGGGGACAAGGGCCUAGAACUGGUGGAGAAGAUGGAAAUGUUUGAUAAAGUUGUGUUACUUGAGAAUGCCAACGAGAAUCACGUGGAUAAAUUGCAAAUGCAGACUAAUGAGAAUCUUGUGAACAAUGUUGAUAAAGAUAUUAAAGGUGCGGAAGCAAGUAAUGCGAGGGGGGCAGAAGAGAAGACGGGUGUUAAACGAUCUGCGACUGAUAGCAUUGUGGAAUCAGACGCAAAACGCCCGCAUUUGGCGAAUAACGUGAACGGUAGUAUUGGUGUUGGCUCACCAGCACCAGACUCGGUUUCUUCAUCGAACGGGGACGAACCUGCGACUGCGUCGACAGCUGCAGCUAAGUUAUUUGCCGAUUUGGCGGCUGAUAUUCUCGAAGAUGAGGACGAAGAGGAUAUGGAGCAGCCAGUUGCAGAAACGCCACCACCACCAACCCCACCUGCGGUGGCUCAAACUGUACAGCAAACGCAAUCUGCUAGUGUUCAACAUACACCCGUGUUUGUUGAUAAUCAACAGAUGAUUGUGGCACAACCACGUCAAAUUAUCGUAUCACAAGCUUCAGGUGCUCAAGUGGUUCAGACGAAACCUUCGGGGCAAACUGUCAUUGUGCAAAACACAGCGCAGCAACGUACGCCCAUUGUACAGUCAGGAAUGGGUCCCAUUCUUCUGUCACAGGGCCUACAAGGACUUCAAGGUCUUCAAGGUUUGCAAGGUUUACAGGGACAAGUCCAACUGGUGCCCAGUGGUCAGCCAGGUCAAUAUGUUCUGCAGGCGGCUGGUGCGCAGGGUUUUGUUGUUGCGCAACAUCCCAAUUCGACCGGGCAACAUCAAGCUGUGCUUUUAGCACAAGCACCACAACAACAAACGUCAGGCACGAAAACUAUCAUUAUCUUGCAACCGAAUUCGGGUUCAGCGACGCAUCAUCAAAAGGUAGUGGUUACGCCGCAAGGGCAGCAGAUGGUUGUCACACAAGUGCAGAGACCAAUGGUGCAGCAAAGCUCGGUGAGCACAAUUGUCACUUCGCCGGCAGUGCGUACUACUGCAACCACAGCAAACGGUACGGCUUCGCCACAACCUGACGUAAAGAAAACCACAAUAAUUGAACCACGGAUUGAAGUUGAAAUUACGCCGAAAACUGUGUCAACGGGGACAGCUACCACCUCGUCGACAACUACAGUAAAGACGAAAGCGAAGAGUCCCAGAGAGUUGAAUGCGUUGUUUGUUUGCGAAUGGGGUGAUUGCCAAAUCGAGACGAAAUUCAAGUCGGCUAAUCAGGUGUAUAUGCACGUGUGUAAGGCGCACAUCCCGGAGACGACCGAUGAAUUGUUGUGUCAAUGGGAGCGAUGUGAUAACAUGAAGAGAAAGCGGUUCUCUUUGAUGACACAUAUCAAUGAUAAGCAUUGCAAUUUAGAGUCGAUGAAAGCAGCGCAAAUUAAGCGCAAGCACAUACAACAGACGGGUAAAGUAGACCCACCUCCACCACCACAGACGACGCAGCAUCCUGGCUACGCACCAGAUGCUGCAUUCCAUGCUAUCAAACGGCACGCGCUCGAAUUCGUAAACCCUAAGGAGUUGCAAAGGAGUGUCGCAAAGCAGGGCGCGCCUGCUUUGCCAAGAACAGGCGCCGCCUCCGAUCAGGACGAUAAUGAAGGACCAGUCACGAAAAGUAUUCGAUUGACCGCUUCUCUUAUAUUAAGAAAUCUCGUAAUCUACAGCAACAAUUGUAGAAGGUACUUAAAGCCGUACGAACCGCACUUAGCAAAUGUAGCCCUAAGCAACGUAGAGUCCUCCAGGACGAUAGCGCAAGUACUCUACGAUAUGAACGACGGCUCGAAUCGCAGGUGACGCGCGACUAAUAAACUUUGAGUGCAAAGCCACGUGAAGGAUUUAAAGAGACGUUCAGUGAGUGAUGACCUUCCUACCCCUCACCGGUCCAUCUGUUCUCAGAUUUCCCCCGAUUUCUCCCGAGUUGUGUAAAAUAAAACAUUUUAAACUAUACAUACAUAUUAAACAAUUGACUUGAAGAGACGUUGCGCAAGAUGAAAACAGAUAAAGUUGAAAGUGUACAAAACAUAAUGAUAGAAACAAAUACUAGGUAAACAAAGAAGCCUAAUUGUUAUUUUUAUAUUAUUUACAUUAGUGUAAAACGAAGCUUAUAAGAUAAAAGAGAAGAAAAGAAAACGAAACUAAUGCUGGUUUAAGUUACUUGAGAUGCAUGAAAUUUGAAGAAGCAAAACGUUCUUGUCUAAAUAAAUAUCAUGGAUUUUUAA